CAGCUAUAUGGAUUACUUCCUGGCUAUUGCACUGUGUAUAGGUGAGUUGACCAAUAAUUACACUGUGUAUUGAUAAUUUUAUCAAUCAUUCUUUUUUUAUACAUGAGUUGACCCAUCAAUUAUGAUCAAUAGAUAGUGUUUAGGCUAGUUGACCAAUAAUGUCACUAUGUAUAAGAGAGUUGACUUAUUCUUUUUCACAAGUAGCCACAGUCUUUGAUGAAUAAUCCCUAAGCUCAACUUUUGAUAAUUUAUCAGGAGGCAGAAUUUAUCUGUGCUUAAAUUAUGGUGUUUGUUUGUUUUUUUUUUUAGAUCUGUGUUUUGAAUUGAAAUGAGAUCCUCAUUUUCAACUGUCUUUACGAACCUUUUUUGUUUUUAUUUUAAUUAAUAAAACAUAAUUUCAUUUUAUUGUAGGUUGGAUGUUCACAAUUUCCUUAACUCGAGGUUUUAAAGUUAUCAACUAUUUUUGGCGGCUCAUUCAGAUCAUGAUCAUCAGGGACGUCCUCAAGUUCUUGUUUAUCUAUCUCUUUGUGCUGCUGGCUUUUACUUUUGCCUUCCAUGCUCUCUUCCAAGGUAAGGCAGCCAAUCAUUUACCACACAGAUGGUCCAGCACAACCUGAGGGCAUACACUUGUGGGUUCCAAGUCAGAAGACAGAAGAGGGAUUUUAAAUGUAUUCUUUCUGGUUAUUUUACCCCUUUUCCAGUUGAUAUUAAUAAUAUUAUGUAAAUUAACAACCCAAUUAGUACUUUAUUUGCAUAUGCAUGAUUAAUUCAUAUUUGUAACUAAUUACAGUUAAUGCCCUGCUAAAUAGUUGAAAGUCCUAAAAUUAAUUUGCAAGCCAAUAAAGGAGCCAAGCUUGAUUCUGUCAUUUUUUUUUAUUUCUCCAUUCAGGUUUUAAAUAAUCUCUAAACCACUCUUUUUUUCAUUAUCUGCAUGAUAACCAUACUAGCCAAAAAAUGACAUGUUUCAUGUAUUUCAGUAUCUGCAACAUUGUCAGAUCUCUACCCCAAUCCUGUCUACACUGUCUUUCUAAUGUUCAACAUGUUGAUUGGGAUGGAGUAUGUCUUUGAGUAUGGUGUUGUGGAUGAGGGGCUCUCAUCUCUCAGCAGAUCAACUUUGUUUAUGAAGGUAUAUAUUUUUUAAAAACUAGUCACAAACUCGUGAUCAUAAUUUUCAAUUACUUAGCUGUGAAAUUAGUUAAAUUGCCCCAAAUACAACAUAUUUGUUAAUGUCAAAUAAUUAGAAAAAUAAAAAAGAUAUUAUUACAAAUUAAACUCUGUCAUUUUAGAACCCACAUACCCGGUAAUCAAGUAAAAACAGUUAAUGAACAAUAGAGUUGACUAAAUGUAAAAAUAUACAAAUAUUUAUUUACUUAGCAUCUCAACAAAAUGUAUCAUUUAAGUUUGUUUCGUGAAUUUGUUUUUUCCCAUUUGUUUAGAUUCUGUAUGUGAUCUACAUGGUCCUUGCCACCAUUGUUCUACUUAACCUGCUCAUUGCCAUGAUGAAUGGUUCAUAUCAGGAAAUUCUCAGGGUAAGAAUUUAUUUUUUUUAAAGUCUAGGGAAAAAAGCCACAUUGCAUCUUUGUCAAGCUGUUCAAGGGAGAAAAAUUUCUUAAUGUACAAAUUAUUUAAUUUUAUUACAGUAAUUAUGCUUUUCAUAAUUGGUGAUUGCUGCAGUAAAGUACUGGUAUUUAGAUUUAAACUGUACCUCUCAAAUUAAAUUUACUCUAUCCCUGCUAACUCCAUAUAUUUAUUGUUUUAAAAUUGUCUAUCUCAACAAAGUAGCUAUAAAUCAAUUUGAUAAGACUGAACCCAAAUCAGUUUUGAGUUUUGGAGAAUUAUUCUGUAAAAUAUAAUGAAAAAUUAAACAAAGAAUAAUUUUAAAAUAUCUAAGCUGAGAGAUCUUUCUGUUUACACCUAACACUCCACACACCACCAUACCACCCAACUCUCAAACCAUAAGUCUCCACAUCCCACCACUUUACACCCCGCCAUUACACACUCCGCAACUUCACACCUUAACUCUCCACACCCAACCACUCAACAUGCCCUAACUCCACAUCCUGACUCCUUGAACCUGUAUACAACUAAGUAUCUAAGGUGGAUAAAAUAAUUUACAUUUAUUUUUGUUGAAGAAACAAACCCAAACAUGGAGGAUUGAGUCAGUGAAGCUGGGAGUGGAUGUGGAGAGGAUCAUGCCCUUGACCUUUCCAAUGUUUAGCAAGGUCAAGAUUACCAAAGGGUAGACUACAAUAAUUAUGUUUUUUUAUAAUUUACCCAACAACCUGUGUGAGAAAAAUGUGCUAGUAUUUCAAUCAAAGUAUCUUUGAAUUUAUAUUUUUUUAUAAAAUUCUAAUGAUUCAGUAAUGCACGGUUAGGGAGCAUCAGAAGUGUAAUACUCACCACAGUUUACAACAAAAUUAGCUCUGCCUUAAAAACAAUUUGUUACAUUUUCAUUUUGUUCACUCACUUCUCCAUUUUUUUUUUAAAUUUUGAUAGUCAAGUGAGUAAAGUGGUUUUUCAUUUAGAAUUAUUCUUAUUAUGGCUAUAUGUUAGUAUGGUUAUAUCUUUAUAAGGAUAUAUCUUUUCAUUUUGUAAUUUUAAGUAUGUAUGUAAACCUAGAGUGUGAAUAUAAUCUCUUAUAUAUAUUUCAUGUCUGGUGUGGCUCCUAAGUGUCAUGCUUGAUGGUUGAGCUCUAGUAAAAAGGUUGAAUUUUUUCGGAGGUGACUAUUAUAUUAAUCAAUAAAUAACCAUGGGUAUGGUGAGGACUAUCUGUAGGACUAUUGUCUAAAGGCCGGCAGGUAGGGUGUAGGACUGUCUGUAGGACUAUUGUCUAAAUGCUGGCAGGUAUGGUGAGGACUGUCUGUAGGACUAUUGUCUAAAGGCCGGCAGGUAGGGUGUAGGACUGUCUGUAGGACUAUUGUCUAAAUGCUGGCAGGUAUGGUGAGGACUGUCUGUAGGACUAUUGUCUAAAGGCCGGGAGGUAUGGUGAGGACUGUCUGUAGGACUAUUGUCUGAAGGUCGGCAGGUAGGGUGUAGGACUGUCUGUAGGAUGAUUGUCUAAAGGCCGGGAGGUAUGAUGAGGACUGUCUGUAGGACUAUUGUCUAAAGGCCGGCAGGUAGGGUGUGGGACUGUCUUACUGUAAGCUUAUUGUUUAUAGAAAAUGAGAAGGUACGGUACCUCUUUUUUUUUGUAACACUUGGACCCACCAGGUAUUUUCUCAAAAUAACAACUGCACCUGGUUAUGCCUUAGUAUUGAAUAACUAACUAAAUCUUCUUUUGAUUCUUUGUGACAGGUUUAUUUGCCCAUCUGAUCAAACCAUUGGCGUCAUCAGGUGGUACAUUGAGGUGGCUAAAGUCAAGCAGUCUGUCUGUGAAUGUGGUGCACAUGAGGACAAGGACAAAGCUGUACUGGGAGAACUGGCAUCUAAAAUGGCCACGAUGGCCGAGCAAAUCCAGUCACUGAAAACUAAUGUUGAUGGCAUCUAUGCUAUGAUGACAAAUAACCAGGACAAGACAUCAGCAAUAGACAAACAAAAGAUCAAGCAUACAGUAAUCUCUGGAGAGAACAAUUGAUAAGGUGUACUAUGUUAGGAAAUUAACUUUUGACUUCUAUGUUGAAGGAAUAAAUUAAUCUUUGAUAUAAAGUCCGACUACAAACUUUCUCUUUGGGGUCAUCCAUAAAAGACG